AUAACUAAAAACAGCCAUUCAUUAUGUAUUGGCCCAUGCCAGAUGACGCACGGAGUUUGGUUGAAUUGAGCUAAUCGUAUACAAUAUUAAAUGGCCCCCGAAUCGAAUGGUGGCUCCUAAAUGCUGCCAUUUUAAGAUGCCUACAUAUUUUGAUUUCGUUUACGGUUUUUUGCUGCUGAAAUUGUUGUUGUGUUUUUCAAUUUGCAUUACGAUUUGUUGCACAUUUUCUGUUGCAUUGCGUUGAAGAGUUUUCCAAAUGUAUCUAUGUGUGCGCAUAUGCAUGUAGUUUCCUUUGGCUUUUACGUAAGGCUUUUGCUUAAUUUCAUUUGCUGUUUGUUGUUAACCUCUUCAGAAAACAAUAAUAGUUCGCGAUAUUACUUAUGAACGAAUAUAUUAACACCAUUAAGAAUCAGUUUGCCGUAACGUAAUUAUUAAGAAAACAUACAACAAUACACGCAUACACAGGCGUACACAUGCUUUGUGUACCUUUGUUGGUCAUCUCUCUUAUCUUCUCUUUUCCUAUUGUCUCGUCUCGUCUCCUCUCCUCUCGUCCCCUUCCCACUAGCUUUUUCACUCUCUAUAAAUUAAAUAGAUACGGAUAUAGAUAUAUUUGUGCAUAAGAGUAUUUAUUUAUCUAUUCAUGUGAAUUUAUAUCUCGGACUAUAUAAAACACUUGCUUUAUUAGCAUGCAUGCAGCCGCUAGUUUGUUUUUCUUUUUUGUUAGCUCAUUUUUCAAGUCUCUGCUUUAUAUCUGUUGCUUGUCUCUAUUGUAGAUACUCACUACGCUGUAGUUUUUAUUAUUAAAAGUGUAAUUUUUUUUUAUAUUUUUUAUUUAUCCAGUUAAGUGUUUGUUUGCCUUUGUUGUGUGAGAUACUCGUUCAUAAAUUUUUUUCUUCUGUUUUUUAUUCAACUAAUUUUCUUAUUAUUUAUUUAUUUAUUUAUUUAUUUAUUUAUUUAUUUUUUUGCUCUCUUCUCUUAGCUCAUUCGCAUAGUAGACAUAGUCUCACGUAUCGGGUGUAGUUUGUGUAAUAAUUCACCAUAACCGCUUUGGCUGCCACCAAUACUGAAAUACCGAACUACACCUAACAUAUAGCACCACUGUCAGCAGACUCGUUAUUAGUAUUUAUUAUUGUUGCGUCUUUGCAUUCGCGUUUGUACGGUAGAUUUCAAUUCGAUCGGUUUUGCGUAUGCAAAUUGUUUAAAUUUCUAUAAAAUUUGCUUUCCUCGCUAUUGCUGCUGCGCUUACUCGUUGCUCAAAUUCAUUCUUUCUAUUAUUUGUAUUGCUUAAAUCGCAUUCAGUUCAUUUAUUUGCAUACAUUAAAGGUUAUAGGCGAAUUUUUUUUUGUUUCCUUUUACACGAAAACAACCCUACUAGGCCAUACAUUUGAUAUGAUGUAAGGACAUUCUAUCAUCUCUUUAACAAGUAGACGAUCCAGCGGUCACGAAAUUUGAAAUUCGUUGGGUAGUAGGGUGAGCCAAGCGCGAUAUUCAUUGUUAAAAACUCAUCAGAGAAAACUUGUGCACGCAUUAUAUGACCAUACCGUUUUCCAAUUAAUGUUUAUGCAUUUUUAAAAAUUUUCAAAUAUGCAUCAGAUAUGAUAUGUGCGCACAUAUAAGGAGCGAUUUCUCCCAUUUCCGAUUAUUUUUCCUUUCAAUCUCGCGGCUGACACGAUCGUAUACAUUUACCAAUAUAUUGUGAUCGGCCGCUUGAAACACCUUCAUUUUCUUAUGAUGUGAUUUUCUCUAUUACAAUCGAUUAUUCGGUUCAGCGAUCGAGUUCGUUGCAAAUGUCGUUUCUUCGAAUCGAACUAACUGCUUUGUCAGAACUUCAGGAUGGGUCGUUGCGCGAAAACAACUUAACGGAGGGUUCGAAAGUUAUUUUAAUACCCAAUGUAGAAACUGGUCUAUUGGCUCAGCGACCUGAAAACACUGUUAUGCAAGCCUUGGAGUCACUUAACGAUACACAAGUCAAUGAUUUUCUUAGCGGCAAAACUCCGCUUAAUCUUAGUAUGCGUCUCGGUGAUCAUAUGAUGUUGAUACAACUCCAACUGAGUACGGUGAACCCCGUUAAUAAUGUAGCUCAUACGGGAAUCAACUGCAGUUCCUCACGUCCACGUUCCAGUCAUCAUCAUCAUCACCAUCAUCAUCACCAGCGAAGCAGUAAUCGUAUAACGAAUAGCGGCACAGCAGCAACAGCCAAAACGACUGCUCACACGAACGCGACCACGAUCACUAACAACAACAAUAACACCUCGCAAAAUGCUGUGACUUCAGGUCACAGUCAUCAUUUUCAUCAUCAUCACCAUCAUCAUGCUUCUAUUACCAAUAAUAGUAGCGGUGCAGCGAUUACCCUACCACAGGAAUCUUCUGCAAAUGCUUCAAAGGCUUUGGCCGUACGUAAAUUAGACUUAGAUGCCACCUGCCAAAGACGUACAAAUGCGAACGGCAUAACGGCAGUCGCUAGGAUGCCAACCCCUUCGCGAUCCUCUGCUCUGGGUAGCAAUUCAGCUCCACUCACAAGUUCGGAAUUGAGUUCCAUACUUAGUAGGAAAGACUUUGAAAGCUUGCAAAACAUUGUAAAAAGUAUUGCCAUUUCUCAGCCCGUUGCGCGUUUGGCUUCGUCAGCGAUCAAUACGAACGGUGUUUCAACAACAAGUACUUCAUCUAAUGUCGCAGCACCGGUUACUGCAACCACGUUCCACACCACCACGGAAACUGCUACUGUAUUGGAGCAGUCCCCGAUUAAAUCACUUUCAAAUCUUGUAUGCAGUCCCAUUAAAACAGCAGCCAUUAAGAACAUACCCAACAUUACCAGUGGUGGCGUCAACAAUUCCAACAGUUCCUCGUCGUCGUCGUCGUCGUCGUCGUCGUCAUCGUCGUCCUUAUCAGCGGUUGCUUUAGGUCCUCAUACCGUUUCGGCAACUUCAGCUGCAAUUAGUGCCCCUAUGUGCCAGGAUCCAAUCGCAGCUAAGUUGACCUCUUGUCUUUGUACACGCUUGAAUGGUGGCGGCAAUGUGUCCAAACAUUGUAUUGAAACCUCCUGUUUAACACAACAACAACAACAACAACAGCAACAGCAACAACAGCAACAGCAAUCAAACUUGCUAGAAGAGCAAUUAUCACAUAAACCCACAGCAUUGAUAACUAGUACUCCAAAUAAUACGUUUAAAAGUUUAAAUAUGGCUGCUACGUCUAUGGUAACGACUGUGUCUACUCGAUCAUCAUCCGCGUUACACAAGACAUCAAACAAUCCAAUUACACGCAAACAUCGUCAUCAUCAUCACCAUCACCAUCAUCAUCAUCAUCAUCACUAUCAACACAAUAACUCAGCAGCGACAGGAGAAAUGAUAAAGAGCAAUUCAGCUUCCGUGCCGAAUUUCAAGAGCAAUAGCCCUACUACAUCAACUAAAUCUUCAAGCAAUGACAGUGGUUUUGUAUCAAAUGAUGAUUCAAAUUUAGUGAUUAACACAGCAUCGUCAACAAUUACUAGCAGUGCACCAAUUGUGGUGGCUGCACCCUUACCUUCAACCUCAACUAGCGCAGCAGCAUCCAGCCCAUUGGAUAUGGAAGAGUCCGGCUUAGGAGCAGUUAGCAACUCUAUGGAGUUAACAUCGGAUACCCGCACUUUAGCAGAGGCUUCACGCAAUCUCACCCAAACGCUACGUAAACUAUCCAAAGAAGUGUUCACUAAUAAGAUUGAUUUCUCUACCAGUGAAGAAGCACCGCGCAAAAGCGGUUCAGGAGCAGUCAUUGAAUCAAUGAAGAAUCAUGGUAAGGGCAUUUAUUCAGGUACCUUUUCUGGUACGCUCAAUCCCGCUCUGCAGGAUAGAUAUGGCCGACCAAAGCGUGACAUUUCGACGGUCAUUCACAUCCUUAAUGAUUUACUGAGUGCCACACCUCAAUACAGUCGCGGAGCACGUAUCAGUUUUGAGGCUCCUUCUACGUCGACUACGGCAGCCGCUUCAGUAGCAGCGGCCAGCGGUUCCACGGGUAUGGUACACCACACCUCUAGGAAUGGUAAGCACUCGUCCAAACAUCAUCACGCCCAUUCCUGUGUUAAAUGCCUAAAGGCUCACAGCUCUGCAGCAUCAGCUACGGUGAACGCUUCCGUAUCGACAAAUGGAACAACCUCUUCAUCUAAUAGCACUGUGUGUGCGUAUAAUGAAUGCAAUGGUGUGAAUUUAUUGGCAAAUAAAUCACACGCAAUAAAAAAUUACACUUGCUGUCAGCAGGAUGUGACAACACCGGCCAAUAUUAACGGUACACAAUCGUUGGCAACGAGUACUAGCUCCGUUAAUGCUGUUGCAACGCCAUCAGCCACCACUACUAUUACUAAUGCCAUUACUAGCCACCAUACACAUCAUCAUCAUCAUCAUCAUCAUCGCCAUCUUGCCAUGGUGGAUGAACGUAAGGUAUGCCAGUGUCGUUAUCGGGUGCACAGUGAGUCUGGCGAACGUGAACGUGAAUACACUUGUCUAAAAUGCACUAUUGAAUUGGAAAACAUGAAAACCAAGUCAAAAUUAGAUCAGUUGCGUUUAGUUAUGCAGCAACGUAAGCAGAAGCGUGAGGCGCGCAAAUUGAAAGGCGCCCCCUAUGGUGGACGAGUGGUCGGCGCAACAACUUCAACAGCGUCGGCAGCCGACUUGGCCGACACUUCGUCAACGACAUUGACCACCACAACAAAUGCUGCUGCCAUUAGCAGUACAGCACCAAAUGCACCGAUAAGUGUCGCCACAACAGCCACACCACCCAACGAAGUCUCCCCCAAUCAUAUUGUUGAGGAAGUCGAUACCGCUGCUUAAAUCCAAACAGCACAUUGUCUUCAUAUAUAAUGUAUAUACGUAUAAAACACAAUACAACAGCAACAACUACUGCUGUUGUAUAAACACACAAACUGUUAUGAAAAAUAUGCAACCAGCAGGCUUAGACAAGUAAGAAACAACAAAAAAACAAUCCAACUACUAUAGCCUAUUGAACUCGCAAAAGACGCAAAUACGAUGUAAUUUUAAAUGUAAUUUUCGAAAAAAAAUCCGUUAACAUUUCUUCUUUUCCUUUCGUUUUUAUCUUAUUCGAUAGCACUUCAGCUUGCUUACCGCUUUCACUUUUUUUCAACUUUUUCGAGAAACCGGGCCUCCGGACUUUCACCUUAAAUCGAAAUCGGUACAUAUGGGCAAAUAGAUGUGGUAAAUAAGUUCACGUAAAGCUUUUGAAUCAAUUUUCGUUCAACACUACACUCUCGCCCUUUAUUGCAAGCUUGGGAAAGAAACUAAGAAAGUCUUUUCGUUUGCUUUUCUAUAAAAGGUGGUAGACGCCUCUUAAAGAACAAAAGUGCCUCUCUUCCCAAAAAUUGAUAUAAUCGGUGUAGCAUUUAUUAAUACUAACAUUUCAACACACCUACACAUACACACUUACACUGCCACUUACACUUAACACUGCAAUCCUUUUGUCGUUUCAUCUCAUUGUCGCGCCUUGACAUUGUUGCGAUUUUUUAUUUCACA